AUGAACCUUGACAAAACAAAUCAAGUUGUUGAGGCUUCAUCUUAUGUAUGCAUGGAUACGACCAAAAAAGUCGAUAAACUAAUCACUGAUGCUCGAUCCUUUAUGAGUACUUUUCAGAACUCUUUUGAGAUGAACAAUGCAAAGGUAAAUGUAGUGAUUACUAGUCUUGGAUCUACACUUCAUAUCGAGAAGGAUCAUCUUGAGCCAGUUCGCACUGGCAUCAAAAUUGACAACUCAAAGUUUCACUCCUCCAUCUCUUCUAAAAUAGACAAGCUUCAUGAAGACCUGGCUAUGGAGAACAAAAUAAUGGAUAAGCUCGCAGUCAAGACAGAAAAGGUGAAAGUUUUAUCUGUCCAGCUCUCUCAUGCUAAUACACGAAUAGAUGAAUUCUUAUCUAAAAAAGCUACAAUGAAGAGUUGUAUUGCCGAUGUGAAUGCCUUACUCUCAUAUAUAAUUGAGACUCAUGAUUCUUUAGUCACAAUCACUGUUAAGAAGCAUCUGGCUGAAAAACUUAGGCUUGUGUUUACGAUGCUCAACAGGCUUGAGGGUGUUUCAGAGUCUGGCACAUUUCCGAAAUAA